AUGUCCUACUACGUCCUGCUGUCCUUCCGCCAUCGAGAGUCCUCCAUUCGGAAACUCGGUCAAGACACUCUCCGCGACCUGGUUCCGGAGCAGGCAGGGGCAGACCCGGACGACCUGAGGGAAGUUCUGGGCAAGUGCAUUGCGCUAGCGAGGUCCGAGGACCUCGGCACACCCAUCAAAAAUCGGUUAUCGAGAAAGGAGCACUGCUGGGUCGCUUGCAUUCGGCGGGCUCGUGAAGACCUGGAUAUUGAAGGCUUUGCUCUCAUGUCCCCGGACGCGGAGCUGUUCCAGCAAGUGCAGAAGUGCUUUGCAGAGGUCCCGAAAAGGAAGGGCGUGGCCUUGUGGGACUUCUCCGAGCCGGAUCGCACCGCUCAGGCUUUGAGAACGACGGCGACGGCGUCCCCAAGCAAGGAGCUUCAGCGCGCUGAGUACUUCGAAGCGCUUCGAAAGUUCUACGCGCAGACUUGUGCCGAGGUGCUUGGAUUGCAGACUCCACCGGCGGACUCAAUGGAUCGAUGGCUACUGGAACAGCUAGCGCAACCACGAGGUUCGGGUGACCCCUUGUUGCCACAUCCGCGGUUGGCUGAAUCGUCUAAUGUCAUGCGGCGAGAGUUGCUGGCAGAGGUGCCUAUGCGAUGCCAUUCCCGUGUCACUGGGAAGUUGGCAGAGGAGCAACUUGUGAGGUAUUUGGGCCGAGCACAGGAUUGGCUGACCAAGUUGAAGGAGCCCUCUGACUCCGCGCUGUCGCGUGAAGUGCUGGCCUUGGCCGAGUGGCUCAAAGAGAAUGAGGGCAGCUGGAAAGGGGGCCGAAGGUCCGCAGAGGACUGCAUCUUCCGGCGCAAGCUGGACGGGCUUGUUGUGGAGAGCGCCGUGGAGGUCGGUCUGUCGGUGCGGUUCCGUGUUGCAGUCGAGGACAAAGCUGUGGAGAUCCUGAAGAAGGUUUCCGACGAGGCGGAGCGUAUUGCAAAGGAGCUCGUUUCCCUCCAGGAGAGCAUUUUUCCAACUAGCGAUGCACCGCUGCUAUGCGAAGACUCGGCCUUCGGCGAUGACGAACGGGUAGCCCUCGAAGAGAGCGCUGCACAAAGCGGAUGCUUUCUGGGAGUUUAUGUCUUCGUGGAUGUCUGCAUAGGGCUACCGAUUUGGAGAACUUGCACUGCAGACCUGUCCUUGAGGGAUGCAAGAUGCUGGUCUCACACCAAGAAAGCGGAAUGCAAGCUUCUGAAGGCCAAGGCGACCGGCAGUUUCCGGUGCUUAGCUUCGGCCAGGCGGGAGGAGGGCCAGCUUGAACAUCAGGGUGGACGACACCAGGUCGUCCCUGAGCAAAGCCGACUCGAGUAUGCGCAAGCUCCGGCUCACUGUCAGGAUGUGCUACCAGUCUCCUCCAUGCACCUUCAGAAGCUUCGAAGCCUCUACGAGGCGGAAGUCGGAGUGGGAGGCGACUUUCAGGCAGGGCCCAAGUAUCCGAGAAAGGGCGUAGGUGAGAGCACUCAGGGCCUUAGCACUGUGAUGGAGAAGAAGGAAUUUGGGCUUGCUUGUUUGCUGGCCUUCUCGAAUCUCGUUGCCGUGCAUGCCUGGCGUGUCAGCAACCCCGAGGUGCCCGGGUCCAUGUACGUCCUCGGAUGUGGGCCAAGCCAGGUGUGCCAAAGCAAGGGCCGCUUCAGUUGUGCCCUGAAGAGCGACUCGGACCUGGCCGAUGGUGCUGCCAAGGUCGCCAAGAGGCUGCUGGCGAAGGCCCAGGCCUUCAAUAGCAGCACUUGGGCCACUCGGGGUGCCAUCCAGUUCAGGAAGCUCACUGUGGCCUUGAAGGACUUGAAUGUCUAUGCUCAGGUUCUUUUGGAGCCAGGGGACAUGCCUCGCUUCAGGCAUGAGAUGCAGGCCGCCAAGGCAAGUGUGUCACAAGCGGCAUUGACCAUCAAUGAGGCUUGGAACAGGAACGGCCUUCUGAGGAGCCACAGUAAAACGGUUUCUCUCCGGUCUUUCGUGGAGUAUAUCGAUGAGAUCUCAAAAAAGAACGCGAUGUUUGACCCCAGCCAGAUCAAGGACUUCUUGAUCCGUUGUUUCCCAGGCAUUCCGACGGAAGUGCUCGCCGAGACGACGAAGGAUGUCGAAGCAGCGCUAAGCUCAGAGCCGGCAUGCCAACCUUCACCCAUGACAGCAGGCUGCAGCAGGGCAUUGCUGCAUGCCUACUGGGGCAAAGUGCUGUCCGGCGCACAGCAAUUUCUUGAGGGAGCUGAAGCCGAGCAGGCCGAGGACGAUGAGGGAGCGGAGGGAUCGGAGGGAUCUGGACUGUUGCAAGUUGAGAACGCUUUCGCUGGGCUCUUCUUCCUCAGCUUCAUGGUCUUCUUUCACAUGAUGAUCCCCUUCAUGAUUAUCAGCCUGCCGAUUUGGCUUCCUGGCCAGCUCGUGCUGGCUGCAUUCUUUGGCGUCCUCAAGCUGAUGGGCAUUGGACCGUGA